GGGCGCGGAACAUACUGGCUGCGUUCGGGGAGACGCUAUUAGCGCUAUGAGUAGCUAAUGCUAAAAUGGCCGUUCGAGGAACAAUUGUGGCGCUCACGGUGGCAAGCUCCCCGAACGACUUUCAUAACAUUGUAAGCGCGUAUUAUACGAAAAGGUAAGUUGCACUUAUGUUACAAAGUACAAGUUUAACACGGACUUAACCGAUAUUUUCUUAAUGAAGAUCUCUGAUAAACGGGUUCGCAAUGUAGCUGUGAUCUGUCAUAUCAAAGACAUUGAAAAAAGAGCUUUCAUAGAGUGUUUUAUUUAAAGGUUAUUAAAAAAUGUUAAUUAAUAAUUGCCAGCUAUUCUUUCCAAUGUAGCGAAUUAUUAACGUAAGAAUAUCCCAGUACUUUUUACCGUUUCCUUCUCAAUGAAAUGUUUUCUUUUGCAGAGGUACAUUUGCUCUUUCAGUGUGACUUUUUUACAUCUUUACAAACGUCUACAGUUCGAUACGUGUAUUACGGACACCCUGGGGGAGUCCCGUCUGGGCCGUUGAACGGUUCACACGUCUUCCGACGGAAGAUAAAAAUUUUUGAUCUUGCGGGAUUGCAUCAUCCAAUAGGAAUUGCAUCAUCCCGCGCGAGGUUCGGUAGUUGGGCCUCUGCAUUGUGUGACAUUAAAAACGCGAUAAAGAAGAAGAAGAAGAAGACGGACACCCUGGCUCGAACAACAUGGAGGACAAUCUUAUUGACCCGGCACCGCAACGGAUUGCAAUUUUGAAUGGAAUCACAAUGAUUUUGAUGGAGCUUCUUGAUUUUUCAUCAUCAGAAAGUGAAGAAGAAGAAGAAGAAUUAGAACAUGUUUUGCAUAUAGUGGAAAAAAGAAAGAAGUUACCAAGAUUGGAAAAUUACGUAGAGAACGUUGUGCCUGCUUACAGUGAUCUACAAUUCAAGUCACAUUUUAGAAUAUCUAGAGGUACAUUUGAGUUUAUACUUAACAUUAUCGCCCCGAGAUUAAAGAGAACAUGUUGGGGAAUGUCAAUGAUAUCUCCUGAGAAACAAUUUCUUAUUGCAGUAUGGCGUAUGGCAACUCCUGAUUCUUAUAGAUCUAUAUGUGAGAAGUUUAAUGUAAGUCGAGCUACUGCUCUCAGUGCCACACGGAGAGUAGUAAGAUCUCUAUAUCAUUUGGCACCAACUGUUAUCAAAUGGCCAUCAGGCAACAAUGUCCGUGAAGUUUGGACCGGAUUUGAAGCUACGAGUAGUUUCCCGAAAGUUAUUGGCGCUAUAGAUGGAACUCGUAUAAAUAUUCCAGCCCCUUGUGUUGAACCAGCAUCAUAUGUGAAUCGUAAAGGACACCAUUCUAUUCAACUGCAGGCAGUGUGUAACCAUAAAACACACUUCACACAUUGCUUUGUAGGCCAUCCAGGGUCUGUGCAUGACCAACGAGUAUUCCGAUUAAAUUAUCAGAAGUGCACGAAUGGUUAGGGAAUCCUGAAAAAUUUCCCGAUGAUUGUCACAUCCUUGGAGAUGCUGCAUAUAAA